AUGAAUUCAAAAACGGAUAGGAUGGUAAUAGAUCAAGAAUCAGAUUUGAAAGUGGUAUUACCUGGAGAUCCUAUUGAUUUGGAAAAAAAAGAAUCUUUAAAAUUAGGUCCAGGUUUAACGCAAACCCAAGAUUCUAUAAUUUGUAUUAAGGCUGGUAUAUUGAAUCAUUCUAAGGAUGGAAAAAAAGUGUGGGUUGAUAGUAAUCAAAAAAGGUAUAUUCCUGUAGGAGGAGAAUCGGUUCUUGGAAUUGUUACUUAUAAAGGUGGAGAAUUUUAUCGAUUAGAUAUCGGUAGUGCACACCAAGCUACAUUAUCCAAUACGGCCUUUGAGAACGCCACAAAAAAAAAUCGACCGAUUUUAAAUAUUGGUAGUUUAGUGUACGCAAGAGUAUCUUCAGCAAAUAAAGACAUGGAACCGGAGCUUGAAUGUAUUAAUCCAUCAACAAAUAAAGCGGAUGGAUUUGGUGAAUUGGAAGGUGGAUACGUGAUUAAAUGUUCGCUAAGAUAUUGCAGAAAGUAA